AUGGCUAUUCCUUCAACCCCCUUCAUUCUCUUGCCUCUCUUUUUCUUCUUCUUCUUCUCGGUUUCCUCAACUACCUUCAACGUCGUCGAUUUUGGAGCCAAACCCGACUCCAAAACCGACAUGUCGAAGGCAUUUGAGGCAGCUUGGACUAGUGCCUGCCGUUCUUCGGCUGCGGUCACAAUUUAUGUUCCCAAGGGAAGAUUUUAUCUCUCAACUACAACUUUCAAUGGCCCUUGUAGUAAUAAUGAAAUCACCAUGCACGUCGAUGGCACGCUCGUCGCUCCCUCCGACUAUGGCGUCGAAAAUUGGAUCACUUUUAGACAUGUUGAUGGAGUUAGUGUCUUUGGUGGCGUUCUUGAUGGUCAAGGAGCUGGAUUAUGGGAUUGCAAAAAUUCACACAAGAGUUGUCCCCUUGGAGCCACGUCAUUGGAAUUUUCGAAUUCAAAAAACAUAAUUGUGAGUGGGUUGACCUCGCUCAAUAGUCAAAUGUUUCACAUCGUAGUCAAUGGAUGUCAAAAUGUAAAAAUGCAAGGAAUCAAGAUUUCAGCCGCUGGCAAUAGUCCGAACACUGAUGGCAUUCACGUAGCGCUAUCUUCACAAGUCACCAUAAUCACAUCUAGCAUUAGCACUGGCGAUGACUGUAUUUCAAUAGGUCCUGGCACGUCCAAUUUGUGGAUUGAGAAUGUUGCUUGUGGACCUGGACAUGGAAUUAGCAUUGGGAGUUUAGGAAAAGACGUGGAAGAGGAUGGCGUUCAGAACGUGACAGUGAAAACAGCUACGUUCACCAAUACUCAAAAUGGUGUGAGAAUAAAAACAUGGGGAAAGCCAAGCAAAGGGUUUGCAAGAAACAUUCUUUUUCAAGAUAUUAUAAUGAAUAACGUUCAAAAUCCUAUCAUCAUCGACCAAAAUUACUGCCCCAACAACAAAGGUUGUCCAGGACAGGUUUCUGGAGUCGAAAUUAGCAAUGUGAGUUAUCAAAACAUCCACGGAACAUCAGCCACUCAAGUUGCGAUGAAAUUCGAUUGUAGCUCAAAGUUUCCAUGCAGAGGGAUAACGCUCGAGAAUGUGAAGCUGAGUUACAAGAAUGACGUAGCUGAAGCUUCUUGUAGCAAUGCUGAUGGAACUGCUGCUGGCUUAGUUCAGCCAUCAAGUUGUUUGUAG